AGGCUUCUGUGGCAGAAACCAUCUCUGCCUGCUCUAUUUACACAACACAGGACAUUUUCAAACGUAUUUCGGAGCAUGAACCUGGGAGAGUAUCCCUCAUCUUCCCUUCCUGCAGGCAGCAGUAUUUUGACACGGGUGGUACCUUCGCACUGGAGCUUGCUUCCUGUCCGAACCAAGAAGAGGGGCAUGGAAUACCAGCCCAAGUUCAUUAAACGUCAAAGAACGCAUGGAUGGUUUAAACGGAUAAGCACAAAAGGGGGCAUAGAAGUCAUUCUGCGCAGGAAGCUGAAGGGGAGGAAAUCAAUGACUGUCUGA